CAUGUUUUUUUUAACAGGUUAUUUCGGUGGUUCCACCCCAUCCAGUUAGACCGCAGAAGCGCUGCUGUGGAGGAGAAGCCCUUACGAUGCCGAUGAGGCGAGCGCGGCGGAAUGGAGUGGCUCGGGGUUUCAUUACUGGUCGCUCCAGUGAACGCACAAACUCAUUCUCGUGUUGGUAUUGUGACUGGAAAAUUUUUUCUUUCAACGAACAUUUAUACUUUUUUGGACAGAGAUAUGCCAGAUUCCUCCAUAAUUGGAUGACGGUGGGGGUUGCUUUCAGUGUGAUAUCUUUGUUUAGUAUUACAGUGAUAUUAUUUUGGGAAGCAGCUGCAGUUUUCCAUCUCCACAGCUGGAGGUUUGGUUUGAAGGAUAUACCACUUAGCCUUUUUUGGGGCACUGCUCCAUCGGUUUUGGGUUUAAGCAUAUCAAUUAUGGAUUUUGCUGUUGUGGCAUUUUCAACAGUGGUUUCUGUCACAUUUCAUGAACUAGGACAUGCUGUUGCUGCUUCAAGUGAAGGUGUACCAAUCGAGUACGUUGCUAUAUUCCUGGCGCUUGUAUUUCCUGGAGCUUUAGUUGCUUUCAACAAUGAUCUUCUGCAAGCCCUAUCCAACUUUGCUUCCCUUCGAAUAUAUUGCGCCGGAAUCUGGCACAAUGCAGUGAAUGAAUCCUGCAUGACACCUCUGUUGAACCCAGGAAUAUCAUGGCUUGAAAUUUCAUAUGCUAAGCCUUACUCAUCAGAUUGCUUCCAGCAAAGAAGAAAUACAUCUUUAGUAGAUCCAGAUCCUGUUUAUGGAUCAAAUCCUUGUGGUGUUGGUACAUUUGUAUAUGUUGGUGAUAAGUUCAGAUUCGCUCAUUCAAUGCGGUUGUCUUCAUAUCGGCCUCGCUGGAUGCACUUGAGUUGGAGUAUGGACAUUCCAGCAACCCUGGAGAACAUUUUAGUAUGCGCAUAUCGUGUCUCUGCAGCUUUGGCUGCUCUUAACAGCUUGCCGGUCUUCUUUCUUGAUGGUGAAUAUAUUCUGUACACUGCUCUUCAUUACAUCAACUGGCUAAAUCCCAGGAAGCGACGCAGGGCCGCGAAAGUUUUGCUUAUUGGUGGGACCACCCUUUCAGUUAUUGCUUUCUCCAGGCUCAUUUACUUCACAUACCAUUCUGUAAGCUAUUCUGCUGGAAUUGGUUUGUUGUGAGAUGAACAAGAUCAUUACUGGAUGUAAAUUAUCAGUUUUCUUCAGUUUAUCUUUGUUACUGCGAAUCUGUUUUGAUGGCAGCAUUGAUUCAGAUCUGUUAAGCAAAAUGUUAAGAGCUGGAAGCUUGGCUUGUGAAUUCUGCAAUUUGAAUGGCUGUGAUUUUGAAGAAAUUGAUUUUGAUUUGUUUUUUUUUUCCUAUUUCUUUCUAUAACA